GCAAAAAGGAAACGGCGGGCAGGUUUGAAAACGCACUGACUUAUUUACCUUGCCAGCAGCCCCAGGGCGUGAGCUCGAGUUUACGCUACUCUUCUUGCUACCAUAGUCCACGAAAUACCUUCUGGAUAAACGGGAACCAAUGAAUGAUACGUUACAAUAAUUUUCUUGAUUGAAAACUUGUUUACUGGUGACUCUUAAGGCUUUAUCUUAUAAAAACGUGAGUACAAUAACGAUACGGCCUAUUUAUUUCUGUAUCACGUGUUACAUGCCAAACUACAUAGGGUCUAAUGAAUCAGAUAUCAAGUAUUCUAUAAAACCCAUUUAAAAGGUCUCGGCAACAGUAACAUCCGAUAGUAUAAUAAGCAAGAUUACUUCUUAGUUAGAAUUGAGAGAUGUAAUCUAAACACAGUAUACUGGCUACUGAGUACAGCUAUCCUUCAAUUACUUAGGUAACUUUCUAUUUUAUAUAAUAAAAGAUUGGUUUUUUUUGUUUUUUCUUGCGUACGACCAAAUUCACGGAAAAUCUUUAAGACCAAAUAAUCCUGUUUUGAUAGAGUAUGGUGAAGUUAUGAUGACAAAGUAUUUGACAUCAAGCGUCUGCGGGGAGUAGCUUGAACCAGCUGUAGGCUGUGCUAUAUUCUCUAAUAAUUAUGUUGUUUUUCGCUUGUUUAUUUUUCACACUUUUUACUUUAGUAUCAAAGAAUCUUCUUUGUUCUAUCGGCUUCCGCCAACCGAGUCCUUACUUUCCUGUCAUAAAUGAAGCUAAGUAGCUUUCCGCCGUCAUCAGGAGUCGCUGUUCAGCCGAAUGUACGAUGUUUAGUCGGGUUGUAUGGAUCUCUUAAGGAUUCCAGUCUUGAAAACCUCAAUCGACUAGUAGAAGAAGAUCGAGAUGAACAAGAGAUUUUGCGAUAUGCAAUAAGUCACGCAGAGUCUGAUGAGGUCCGAUUUUUAGUUGGAUCUCAGUCUCUGAAGCCACAAGGUAGUCAGAUCACUUUGGUAACACUCGUGGAGUCAUUAGAUAUCGACUUGAAAAAACAGACUUUUGCACAUCCAAAUGGAGAGGUUACUUCAUUAGUUACAUUGGCAUCUAAACCAGAUUGCUUUAUAUCAGUGUCAGCAUCAUAUUCAAAUGAACGACCAGAGCUUCGUAAUUGUGCUCGACUUUGGAGAAUACCUAAUCUUAACGAAACUGUGUUGGACGAUGCGAUGAUUGAAUCAAAUCUAUCGAAAUCACCAGUAGAUAACAAUAAUUCAUCUACACCGAAUAAUUUAUUGGAUUAUAUAACUACACUACCAUUAGAUAAAUAUCAUAGCAUCAAAAGGAUUACAUCACAUCCGUCUAGUACGUGCUCUGAUUUAGCCUGUGUUGUCGGACCACCUGUCGAAAUGCCUGGUUCAGCUGCUUAUUCUUCCCUUGUAACUACUGCAACAACAAGCUAUUUAGUCAUACUUCAAGCUCCAUCAUAUUCAAACUCUAGUGAUUAUCAAAUUAGCACAAGUGUACAGUUAUAUUUACCACCCUCAUCUCCAAGUGAUAGUUUACGUACAAAUAUGAAGUCAUCAACUAGUUGUUCAUCGACUAUUGCAUCACCUAACGCUAUUCGUUGGUCUCCACAUGAACAUUCAAAUCAACUUGCGAUAGCUUUUGAUAAUGGUAUAUUAGGAUGGGAUGUUCGAUGUAUGAAGCCUAGUUUCUGGAUGGAAAAUGCCCAUUGGCCAUGUGUCAGAGACAUUGAUUACAAUCCUCAUCGUCCUAAUCUGUUAGUAUCUGGUGGAGACGAUGGAAUCAUGAGACUUUGGGAUCUUCGCUAUUUACGCACAAGAUAUCGCUGCCUGUCUACUACUGCCACUGUUUCAGCAAAAAACACAGCUAUUCCAAAUGCAUCUGAAAGGAUUAUGCAAUAUGGCACGGAACCAACUGUUCAGCCUUUGUUCGCAAUAACAUCUCACUCUCAUUGGAUUUGGUCAGUACGCUAUCAUCCUACACGAGACCAACUUGUUCUCUCUUCAGGAAGUGAUGGUCGUGUUUGUCUAUACAACUUACCUAGUUAUUCGUCCGAUGCUCUUCUUAGUAGUGACAUGAAUCAACAGUCGACUAAUGGUCAAAUAGAGUUUCAAGAUGAACCUGAUGACCAUUCGUCUUGUUCUCAUGAAGAUGAAAUUGGCAGAAACGAAGACGGUUUAAUCGCUCGUUUAGAACAACAUGAAGAAAGUGUAUAUACAGCUGAGUGGAGUCCAGUAGAUGCAUGGUAUUUUGCAUCUAUCAGUUAUGAUGGCAAUUUUCUUAUAAAUCGUGUUCCAGACCAAAUCAAAUUAAAUAUUUUAUUACAAUCCAAUGAUUAUUAAAUUAUUUGUAUUUGUUUUCUCUGCAUCCUAGUUAUUGCCUUUAUCUUUUUUGCAUUUUGUUCUUUUUUCUUUACAACACUUAAAUUAAUUUGGCUGUGAUAAUUAUUUGGUCAACUUGUGUAUCAAUCUCACUAAUAAAUACGGAUGUUUAUUGACAAGUAACAAUUAGUUUUUUC